AUGAAUGCCAAUAUGGACAAACCGUCGACGGUCCUAGUGGAAGGAUCUAACUCUUCGCCCAUGCCGUAUGCUGAAAGAGAGUCCGGGGGUAAAGAUGAAUCUCCACCAACAUACACUCCUGAAAUGGAACAGCAUAUCCUACGCAAAAUGGAUAUCCGGCUUCUCCCAAUGCUUGGGGUCUUGUAUUUGCUCGCCUUCCUCGAUCGCGGUAAUAUUGGGAAUGCGAAAAUUGAAGGACUACUCGACGAUUUACACAUGUCGGGACAACAAUAUAGCUGGUGCUUGACGGUCUUCUUUUUUACCUACUGCAUAUUUGAACUGCCCAGUAAUUUGUUCUUAAAGAAAUUGAAGCCCUCGAGAUGGCUGCCUCUGCUCAUGGUUGCCUGGGGCAUUGUUAUGACACUAAUGGGCCUUGUUCAAAAUUACGCUGGACUUUUGACUGCACGCCUAUUCCUCGGCGUCGCUGAGGCUGGUCUUUAUCCUGGAAUUGCGUACUAUAUCACGCUCUGGUAUCCCCGUCAUCGUGCUCAGUAUCGCCAGGCCCUCUUCUUUAGUGCGGCCAGUAUCGCCGGUGCCUUCUCUGGAAUCUUGGCAUAUGCCAUUGCUAAAAUGGACGGUGUUGGGGGAUACGCUGGUUGGCGCUGGAUCUUCAUUCUCGAAGGCCUCCUUACGGUGGUCGUCGCGUUUGUCGCUCCCUUCGCAAUCUACGACUUCCCCGAGACGGCAAAAUUCCUGACAGAGGAUGAGCGCAGGCUGGUAAUUCACAUGCUAAGGUCCCAGACAGCGGGUGGGGAUAUGCCUAGCGAGGGUGUAGCCAAAGAGGAGGCCAAAUUCCGCUUCCGUUACGUGCUGGAUGCAUUGGUAGAUUGGCAGGUCUAUGUUGCUAUAUUCAUGUAUUGGGGUAUUACCUGCCCGCUCUAUGGAAUCUCCUUCUUCCUUCCUUCCAUCAUCAAGGACCUGGGCUAUGCCACAUCGGUAGCGCAACUACUUACUGUGCCCAUCUAUGUUACAGCCGCGGUAGUCGCUGUCGUUGCGGCCUGGUUGUCCGAUCGACGGAAGCAACGGUCCCCGUUUAUCCUUUUCUUUAUGUGUCUGAUUGCAAUUGGAUUCAUCAUUGUCCUUGCAUCAACAGGUCGGGGGGCUCCUGGGGUCGUUUAUUUCGGCGUCUUCAUCGCUGUUGUCGGAAUUUAUCCUGCGUUCCCCGGAAACGUCACCUGGCUAAGCGUCAACCUCGCCGGUGACUACAAACGUGCAGCUGGUAUGGCACUACAUAUUGGUCUGGGAAAUUUAGCUGGAGCAAUGGCGUCAAAUUUCUACCGCGGACAGGAUGCACCGAAGUAUAUCUUGGGUCACGCAUUAGAGUUGGGGUUCUGCGUAGCAGGUAUCAUUGCCGUCGUGGUCCUGCGUCUGUCGUACCAGAACAUCAAUAGCAAACGGGACCGAAUUGACCUAACUCAAUAUGAUACGAUGCAGAUGGUGAAGCUCGGUGAUCGGUCCCCACUGUUCCGAUACAUGCUUUAG